AUGGAUAUAUUCAUACAAGAUGUGCCUGGCGAUGUCAACCACGUCCAGUUGCGCAUGUUUCUCAAGGAUAAGCUGGCCCAGUUUGACAUAUUCGCAUACGAUGUCAUUAAGAAGCCCGGUCUUCAAUGGGCGCUCUUGACCGUGGCCAGGGAAGAGAAUGGUGAAAGGUUCAUCAGACAUCCCCAAACCCAAGCGAUGCUGGUGCUGAAGGGCCGGCGCCUCCAGUGCAGAAAGAGCAACAAGAAAGGCCAGCCAGAGGCUCUCAAGGUCAUGUCCCUCUUGAACAAAGAAGAGGACAUGAUGAAGAAGCCACUCAAGCCAUCGCUGCCUACGUCCCAGCUCUCCCAGCCUCAUUUCAAGUUCCUCAGCAUGACGACGGGAGUUUGGAACUACGACCAUCUCGGCAAACUGGUCUUUGAACAAAAGUAUCUGGACCUUCGCCGUGGUACCAUUAUUUUCGGCAGGACUGCGCUCGUUAUCUACUUGGAAAGCCGAGCCAACGCAAACACGGAGGCUGAUUCUAAUUGCAGAAUCGACAUUCCGUACGGCGUUUUAGAGCACACCAUCCCUUCCAUUGAAGCAGGAGGGCACGGCGCGCUGACCUUGACGCUCAAGUCUCCUCCGAAACUCUAUCGAAUCGAGGCAAGCGACAGCCUGCAUCUAUACACUGGUGCAGAACCGAGUGUGGCCUCUCUGAUGCCAAAAUUGUACGCCAUGUCUUUGCGUGGCCCAGUGGCCCAGCGAGCUCCCUCAUUACAUCGACUUUGCGCAUUGCAGCAUCGAUACGACAAGAGCGCUGCGCUAUGCAUGGUGUACAAACUACACUUCUCCAACCUUCAGACCAUGCGCUACGCUUGGAACUUUAUCAGGGACUUUGCGGUUCCAGACAUGGAUCUCUGGCGGACUAAGAUAUCCCAGAAGAAGACGCAGAGUGUUGAGAAGGACUACCAGGCAUUGGAGGCGACUCUCGCUGAUGUUACAUACGCGCACAUCAACUUCGCCGUCGCCUACCAAUUGAUGGCACUCGUGCUCGAGGGUACGGUGUCGCCUGCCAACAUGCUAGAGCUAGUGCCGGGGGUAUGUGAUCUUGCUCAACGCUACGGCUCAAGCAAAACAGCCGUUGGUGUCAGCAAACUGGCGCAGCAGAUUCCCACACCAACACCUCAUAUCAACGGAAACAAUUACAGUACCAAAGCGAUCAUCGACAUGAUCGAAGCCAACAUCAGCGAAGCACAAUCGGAGGCCGGCAACUUCUCGGAUCCCUCAAAGCAUAAGAAGUAUCAGUACCUCGCCUUGACCCACAAGGCUACUGUCACGCCUACUGGUCUCGUUCUCCGAGGUCCUGAGUGGGGGGUACCAAAUCGAGUUCUCCGCAAGUACGCAAAUCACACUGAAUGCUUCAUGAGAGUGUUCUUUGCUGAUGAGGAUGGCCUGUCCGUCUUCCACGACCCGCGCUCAUCCCAAGAAGACGUCUAUGAACGAUUCCGCAAUGUCCUCCGAAAUGGCAUUACGAUUGCUGGACGCACUUUCGAGUUCCUUGGUUUCUCGCACGCAUCACUUCGCUACCAUGCAGCGUGGUUCAUGGCGCCAUUUGAAGAAGAUGGCGUACUGAUCUGCGCCAGGGAUGUCAUCCAAGCCCUAGGUGACUUCACCAACAUCCAUUGCAGUGCCAAAUGUGCGGCGCGUAUUGGACAAGCCUUCAGCGAUACUAUCCACGCUGUACAUGUCCCAGACGACGCGUACGUGAUCGAGACCAAAGACGAUGUUGUCAGGAAUGGCCGCACGUUCUCAGACGGUUGCGGUACGAUAUCUGAACGUCUUCUGCAGAGAGUAUGGCUCUCGUUGCCAUCUGACCGCAGGAGCAAACGACCAACAGUCCUCCAAAUUCGUUACCGCGGCGCAAAAGGUGUGGUCUCGCUUGACAAUGCUCUGCUUGGGGAACAGCUUCACAUCCGUAAGAGUAUGACAAAGUACGUUGCUCGUGAAGGCUGGAGAGACCUCGAGCUUUGCGGUGCGGCAUACAGGCCUCUAAACAUGUACUUGAACCAUCAGUUCAUCAAGAUUCUCGAAGACCUCAGCGUCCCUCUACAAAACUUCUUCUCGGUUCAGGAUGAUGCACUCAAAGCGCUAGAGAUGAUUGUGCAACAUCCACUCAACGCAGCCUCUUUCUUAGAACAGGCCCACACCGGUAUAUUUGCAAAGGUUCCCAGGCUGUUCCAGCUGAUGCACUACAUUGGGCUCUCAUUCCAAACAGACAGGUUCCUGACAGAUGUUGUUGAGAUUGCGGCCAUGUCGAGCCUGCGAGAUCUCAAGUAUCGUGCCCGCAUUCCGAUUGAGAAAGGCUGUCUUCUUUAUGGUAUCAUGGAUGAGACCAAUACAUUGCGAGAAGGUGAGGUGUAUGUUGCGACACAGUUUCCAGAUGGGCAUGGCGAGUGGAAACAUGGUGUCCUCACAGGUGACCGUGUUGUUGUGACUCGAGCGCCCGCACUUCAUCCUGGUGACGUACAGCUUGCCAAGGCUGUGGAUGUGGAACGUGGGAGCCCCCUGAAAGCAUUGCGCAACUGCAUUGUCUUCUCGCAGAGAGGUGAGCGAGAUCUGCCCUCAAUGCUCAGCGGGGGUGACUUGGAUGGUGAUCUCUUCCACAUCAUCUACGACGAAAGGCUCGUACCUAAUUACACAGUUCCUCCAGCAGACUAUGAGCCGACACAAGCUCGGGACCUUGGCCGACCCGUUGAAGUCAAUGACAUCGUCGACUUUUUCAUCGAGUUCAUGAAGAUGGAUCGUCUUGGGGUCAUCUCGAACAAACAUAAAAUUCGAGCAGAUCGAAAGCCUGACGGAACUAUGAACCCUGAAUGCACCAUGCUUGCAAAGCUUGCGUCUGACGCUGUUGACUUCAGCAAAUCCGGCAACCCUGCCGACAUGUCACAGAUACCCCUUGGUGCAGAUAGCGUCAGACCAGACUUCAUGGCCCCUGGCCGCAAUCUUGUGGUCAACGACCUUGGUGCUGCAGAGCUAGACAAGCUUGAAGACGACGAUGUGGAUGAACCUGACAGUCUCAGUGUGCUCGAUCCCGAAAAGGCCAAAAUCAGAUACUACAGGAGUCAAAAGGCUCUCGGACAGUUGUACCGCAGGAUCGAUGAGAAGCAGUUCUUCACACAGAUGCGAGACAACUUCCAGGCGGCCCAGAACACUCAGCAACGUGAAACCCUACUUCAGAAGCUCGAGCGAUACGUCGAUCGUGAAGCAAUGGCCAUCCAGUGGACACAUCACCGCAUCUUCGCCGAGCAACUGCGAGAAGAAUACGAAGACAACAUGGUCGACAUCAUGUACUCGAUGCGCCCACACCGCGGCCAGCCUCUAACCGAGCUCGAAGUCUUCUCCGGCAAUAUCCUCGGCAAGAAGGAACGCGCGUCGACGCGCUACAUCCGCGAAGCCAACAAGGAAGUCCAGGAGCGCUUCGACCGCGACGUCAGCGACAUUGCGAGACGCGUCGCUCGUGGCGAUGGAGACUGGGAGGGCCCUGACGACGUCGAAGCCUUGCCGCGCGCCAUUGCCUGCUUCAAAGUCGCGCUGGAGACGGACGGCUGGGAGAACCAGAUUGUGCUGAAGAGCUGGAAGUACGUGGCUGCUGCGGUCUGCUUGGAGCAGCUGAAUGUGUACAUGUUGGGCCGUCUGAGGCCGUUGUAA